UUAAAUACAGUUAGUCUAAAGUUAAGUAACCACAGAUGCUCAAAGGAAGAGUCUAACUUCUGGUAUAUCCCAGGCAGAAAGAACUUGACAUUUGCCUAGUUUUAUCUUUUUUUUUUUUAGAAAAUGUACAGUCAAGUUGGUUUCAAGAAGGUGACCACUGUUAAAGCUGUCUCUGCCCAGGGCCCCAGCAUGGGUGGAAUAAGUUACAGAAAAGUAUCGGCAGGUGGGUAUGCUUCCAGUGUUUAUGCAGGAGCAGGAGGUCUAGGCACCAGAAUUUCUGCUACUUCUCAGAACACAGUGACUGCUAGGGGUCAAAACCAAGAAAUGAGAAUUUUUGGCAAUGAAAAGGAGACCAUGAAGAAUCUGAACGACCGACUGGCCUCCUACAUCGAUAAAGUCCACUCUUUGGAAAAGUCUAAUGGCCACCUAGAGGCACAAAUUAGAGAUUGGUACAGCAAGAAUACUGGGAGCUUGGAAAGAAAUGAUGACCGUCAUUUUCAGGUUUUAAAGGAUCUGCAAAAUCAGAUCAUAAGCGCCACUGUGGAAAAUGCUAGCAUAACGCUCCAGAUAGACAACGCCAAGCUGGCAGCUGAUGACUUCCGGAUAAAGUUUGAGAAUGAGCAAGCUCUCUGUUUCAUAACAGAAAAAGACACCUUUGAGCUGCGUAAAGCUAUAGAUCAGCUCACUCUUGCCAGGGCUGAGCUUGAAGCGCAGAUAGAGAAUCUUAAUGAGGAACUGGCUUACCUGAAGAGGAAACAUGCUGAAGAGAUAAGUGAACUUCAUAAGCAAUCAUCUGGUUCCAUUGAUGUUGAAGUGGAUGUUGCUCCAACUGUAAACCUUGGCAAAACCAUGGAGGAUAUGCGGGAGCAGUAUGAGAAGAUGAUUGGAAAACAGCGUAUUGAAGUAGCAUCUUGGUUUGAGAAAAAGGUGGAAGAAUGGAAUGAGGAGGUGCACAUCAACACCACUGAUCUAGAGAAGUGCAAGAAGAAGUUAACAGAGGUCAAGAAAACCGUGCAAGAACUGGAAAUAGAAUCUCAGUCUGAACUAAGCAAGAAAAAUGCAGCAGAUGCAACUUUGGACAAUGUGAAUUCUCAAUAUGCCAUGCAGCUGACAGAAGCACAAGAAAAUAUUACCCAUGUUGAAUCUUUGCUUCAACAAACACGAAGAGAUGUCAAUCAUCAGGUCUCGGAAUUCACUGUUCUCCUGAGUUUAAAGACACGUCUUGAGGCUGAGAUCACAACUUACCGUAGUCUUCUAGAUGGGGGAACUAGCUUAAUACCCAAAUGAAGACAUACUGAAAAGUUAAUGGAAGGAAAACAAACGCUACGGCAUACGCAAAUAAACCUACCCUACAUGACUGGACUUUUGUAUUCUUAUGACAUUCAUAUAUCACAAAAUGCUUUAUGAAACUGUAUAAACACUGUAACGACAGACAAGGAGUAUUGGGCAGAGCCAACCCCUGCUGCCAAACCACUGCAUUGGCAUUAUACCUGGAUGUGUUUUAAAGAACACUGUUAUCAUGUAGAAGUUAGUACUAGUAUUCUUUAUCCCCAAAUAAAUUAUUUUCUCUUGUGAAAUCAA